AGGAAUAUGCGAUGCAAUAACCCAAAAUACCUCUGAAUUGGGGAUCCCCAUUUCUCCUUCAACGCCAAAUAGGUCGUUGCUUGCUCUUUUCUUCUUCUCCGCUUCCCCUUUCGCUCUGUAAUUCAGCCGUCAAAUCCACCCAUGGCGGCCCUCACCCGCCUCCUGAAAUCAUCAUCAUCUUCCUCAAUCCCUUUUCUAUUCAGGAGAUCACUUUCCUCCACCACCACUGCCGUGGUUUCCGAUAUUGAAUCUCAAGACAACCAGCGCCCUAAUUUCUCAGAUCCCAAGGGUUCUAGAAACUUCCAAUGGGUGUUUCUCGGCUGUCCCGGUGUCGGAAAAGGAACUUAUGCUAGUCGCCUCUCGACUCUUCUCGGUGUCCCUCACAUCGCCACCGGAGAUCUCGUUCGUGAAGAGUUAUCUUCUUCCGGUCCUCUUUCUCGACAGCUAGCUGAGAUAGUGAACCAAGGGAAGUUAGUUUCUGAUGAAAUUAUCUUCAACUUGUUAUCAAAAAGACUAGAAGCUGGAGAAUCAAAAGGCGAAUCAGGAUUCAUUCUUGAUGGUUUUCCUCGAACCAUAAGACAAGCUGAAAUUCUAGACGAGGUGACAGAAAUUGAUUUGGUGGUGAAUCUGAAACUGAGGGAAGAUGUGUUGGUUGAGAAAUGUCUUGGAAGAAGGAUAUGCAGCCAAUGUGGAAAAGGUUUCAAUGUGGCUUCCAUUAAUGCAAAAGCAGAAAAUGGAAGACCUGCAAUGAGCAUGGCCCCACUUCUUCCACCUUCACACUGUUCCACCAAGCUCAUCACUCGUGCUGAUGACACUGAAGAAGUUGUCAAAGAGCGACUUCGUGUCUAUCAUGAAAAGAGUCAACCUGUUGAGGAUUUCUACAGGGAACAAGGGAAGAUAAUGGAGUUUGAUCUGCCUGGAGGGAUUCCAGAAUCAUGGCCAAAGUUGCUUGAAGCUCUUAACCUUGAAGACUAUGAGGUUAAAAGGUCGGCUGUGGCUUAAUUAGUAGGGGCUUUUUGGUCUUUUUAUAAUCGAUAUGAUUAUUUGCAUGCGUAAUUUUUGCAUGUGGAGCAAAUUUUGGAAGAAAGAAUAAAGAAAGAAAAAUACAGUUGUUGAUUAUUUUGGUUUUCUUGUUAAAUAACCAAAACAUGAGGAAGUGUUGUAAGCUGUCAAGUUAUGAUAUGAUGGCUGCUGCCUUCGAAUAUUUUUUGUAAUUUGUAACGUUAUUAUGAAGAGAGACAC